AUGCAGAUCCACGUUGCAGUGGCAAGGUUAUGUGUGAAAUACCAUUGGUUUCUAACUGGUACUCCAGUCCAGAAUCAAAGCCUGGAUAUAUUGGGACCAUUGAAUAUCCUCUGGCCCGAGAUCAGGAAGGGCGCCUACCUCACCAAAGAACGGAUUAGGUGGCUUGGAACUCUAAAAGGUACUUACCAAGACUUCAAUCUUCUACUAGAGCCAGAUGGCAGCCGUCUUAUUGUUCGUGUCAAAGAUAUACCAGAGAACUUGAGGACUCUCCACAGAGCCAUCAUCUAA